AUGGAUGAAACACUACAAGUAUUACACCGCGUUCUCUCAACUAUUGGUAUAUCAGCAUUUAGUAAAAACAGUUGGGAUACAAAGUCGUGGUUCGCGUUCCAGAUAUUCAAUGUCAUUGUCGGCUUAUUGUGCUUUAUUUUUACCACUGGAUUCGUCAUUACAAAUAAUUCGAAUGCCACAAUUUUUAUUAAAGGCUCAUGCAUUUGGGCGAUUGGAGUAGUAAUGUUUUUAUGGCUGGCUCUGUGUUUAAUUUUCAGAAAACGCUUUCGUAUGUUACUGGAAGAAAUGGUAUUCGUUGACCGCCUAUUAGAUAUACCCUUGAUUAAUCACGUUCUUUAUGAAGGAGACGGGGUGAAAUCAAUUGAGUUGAAGCAUUUGGUGAACAAUACAAGGAUGACGUUAUUUAAAUAUAUAAAAAUGCUGCUAAAAUUUUAUUUAAUUUGUGUUUAUGCAAUAGUCAUUCUAUAUGUCAUCAGUCCCAUUUAUGAAAUGCUUAUUAAUAAACAUUGUCUACGACUUUUGGCAUUCACCAUGUGGUUUCCGUGGGAUUUAGAUAAUUUAUACGUUUAUAUCCCAACGUUUAUAUACCAAGUUUAUGUUGGGAACUUGUGUUGUAUCGUAUACUGCGGUAUACAAGUAAUGAUCAUAUUACUCAUUGGCCAGAAGAUACGCCAUUUGAGAGUAUUAACGUUCAUUCUUCUGAACCUGGACGAAUUGGCCACAGAGAUUGUGAAGAAAAAUAAGGAAAAAUGGCAAGACAAUUGCACUGCAGUGCUUAUACAGUGCGUGGAUCAUUAUAUAAAACUAAAACAAUUCAGUAACAAAUUGAAUACAAUAUGCCGGCCUUUUUACUUGACUCUUAUUACGGUGUCCAUUACACUUGUCUGUCUGUGUUCAGUGAAAAUCGCUAUAUCGGAUAAGCUAUCGCUGGACACUAUGAAAUAUUACAUCCUCGAAUUUUGUUUUAUACUCGUUGUGCUGGUAGUUUGCUUAUUGGGACAGCAGGUUGACAAUGAAUGUGAGCAAUUGGAUAUCGCUGUUACCGAAAAGUGGUACAUAUAUAACAGACAACACAAAAUAAAAAUGCGCAUUUUUAAAAUGGCGACCGGUCAGAGAAUGCCUAUAUAUAUUUUUGGAACAGUUACGUUAUCAUUGCCUACUUUCACUUGGUUCAUUAGAACGGGAAUGUCUUUUUUCACAUUAGUAAUGUCUGUAAUAGAAGAUUAAAUUUAUUUAAAUUAAAAUUUAAGUUAAUUAUUUUAACUAAUUUUUAAUUAUAUUUCAAAC